AUGUCGAGCCAGAGGGGGGGAGAGGGCGAGAUCGGACCAUCAAGGACGGAAGUUCGACAGAAAAGUGAACUUUCAGCUAGUGGGACGCAUCUUCAGCACACCUAUCGCCUCGUUGUAUACCGCUUUGUGACUUGUCGCGUUGAAUCGGCAAUAGCAAUCUCCAUUUUGAUUUCUUUUAAACAGAUACAAACGAUGAGCACUGAUCCAAAUAUCAUGAAUGACAAUGGCGCGUUGACAAAGGAACUUAACGCGCUUGUUGAAAGCACAAACUUUGAUGACAAGAUUUGCCUUGAGGACUUUACACUCAUUCGUGUGAUCGGCAAAGGAUCGUUUGGGAAAGUCACACUUGUGCGCAAGAAGAAUAACAGUAAAGUCUUUGCCAUGAAAAUACUGACCAAGUCCCACUUACUUAAGCGUAAACAGGUGGAACAUACGAAGACUGAACGUCGUGUGCUUAGUGUAGCUAGUCAUCCCUUUAUUGUUGGAUUGCACUAUGCUUUCCAAACCCAAGCAAAGCUCUACUUUGUACUGGACUAUUGUCCUGGUGGAGAGCUCUUUUUUCAUCUCUCACGUAUGGGCAAGUUUGACGAAGAAAUGGCGCGCUUUUAUGCCGCCGAACUUGUGGUUGCACUUGAGCAUUUACACUCACUGGGUGUUGUGUACCGUGAUCUUAAACCGGAGAACAUUUUACUUGAUGAAAUGGGGCACAUUAAGCUCGCAGACUUUGGUUUGGCCAAGGACGAAGUCACUGAGAUCGACAGUGGGGCUACAUCACUAUGUGGUACACCCGAGUACCUGGCACCGGAAGUGCUAGCACGCAAGGGACAUGGAACGGCUGUAGACUGGUGGGGACUUGGUAUGGUAUUGUAUGAGAUGCUUACAGGUCUUCCUCCAUGGUACACACGUAAUCGACAAGAACUCUUUGCACGCAUUCGUGAGGCACCACUUGAAAUACCAAAUUACUUAAGUCGUGAUGCGGCUUCACUUAUCCAGUCGUUGCUCCAUCGCGAGCCUGAUAAACGUUUGGGUAGUCGUGGCGCAAGUGACGUUAAAGUCCACCGAUUCUUUCGUUCUGUGGACUGGGAUGGUCUUUUAUGGGCUGAACCGCCUUUCAAACCAUCUGACCCACAGUCUAAAGAAGAAGGAGAUACGUCGAAUUUCGACAAAGAGUUUACAGAGCUGCCCGUGAGCGGCACUCCAUUAAGUAAAUCGUCGGGUGGUUCUGGUCUACCAAAAAGCAUGUUUACAGGCUUCACCUACGAGGCACCAACGCUAUCAUACGGUUCAAACACAUCUCAAUCAAAGGUUGAUGUGUCUUCAACUCCAUAUAUUUAG